CAUCAGGAACCCCCCAAGUUUGACAGGGCCACAUGUUGCAGCUGAAAAAGAAUAAGAUCGUGACAAAUGUCUCGGAAGGCCAGGUGGAAAUACGGCAGAUGGAGGUAGAUUGGUAUUGUGGAAACUACCAGACCAUUUCAGGACAAGCAGCGAUGCUGGCAGGCUUUGCCUUCAAUUUCAUCACGGCACCGAUGCCAGAGGAGAAGCAGAACGCAACGCUGGAACUUAUUUAUUUCUUCUGCGUUUGUGCUGCAAUGGGUGCUGAGCUUGGAGUCAUUGUCAUUUCCAGCUCGUUGUCUGUUUGGGCACCAUCACUGGCGCUGAGAGGCAAGAGAGGUGCUACUGACUUGCAUAAGGCAUGCGACACCCUUCGAGACUAUCAAACGCUGGUGUUUAGCUGCUUCAUGUGCGGAUGGGUGAUCUAUUUCGUCGCAAGCAUUUUGCAGGUUUGGGUCUUCUACCGGAAGUCCAUUGCCAUGUUUGUUUCCAUCCCGUUCUGCCUUUUCACGCUUGCAAUUGUUUGGUAUCUCUUGGAUUUGCGGUGGAAGCUCAGCUUGCCUGAAGAUCAGGUGGUCAGUGGAAAGAUUGCGCACUUUAAACGCUAUGAAUCCAUUGGUGACAUCGCUGAUGGCAGCUCCAUGCGGGCAGCUGGCGGUGAAGCAGGAGACUACUUUGCAGUUGGACAGGACGAGGAUGAGCCGAAGAUCCUGGUCAGCGGGAGAAGCACGCAAAGAUCGAAGUGAAUGUCCCAAAGUGAGGAUGUACACUUCUCGCAGAAACCACCUCGAGGUGAUGUAGAUCCUUAGCUGAAGGGUUUUUGCGCCUGACAAAGUGUCGGAUUUGUUGCAUGGCUACAGUAGAGGGGAGCAUCCAAGAAGGGUGCUGUACUUUGAGAUCCCCAAUUGCCGUGUAGUAUCAUGUAGUGGAGUUACGCCCAAGCAAAA